UCCCACAGGCAGAUCUUGUGGAGGAUCAUCCCUUGACCAUGGGGCUUUUACAGGGAGCUGAAUAUUACAUAUGCGAUCAUGGAGCAGGGCAAGGCUAAAGCUCUUGUUUGCCAACAAAAUGUCAUGGUGGGCUGGGGGACAAAGAUGAAAAGCGCUGAUCAAGACGAUGGACUUAGAAGAUGAACCCGGGAUUAAACUGGAGUUGUGAGUUACUCACCAGGUUUACCAUGUCUUUCAGCACCGCAUUACGAUCAAAAAUAGUGAGACUGGCAGUUUUUCAGUAUUGCUUUUAAUAUUAAAUGUCUCCUGAUUGCAGUUAAAUAUAAAUUGUUUUCCACAUGUUGGACAUUUGUGAAACUAUUGUGUCAGUUGUGUUGUAUUUCAGUAUUAUCCACAGAUCUGGAGAUGGAGGGAGCUGAAUUACUGAGACCAAAACAGCACAAGCAGUAAGGACAAUAUCUCCUCUGUCUGUCUCUGCUCUUCCUCCAGUACUUGUCAUCCGCCCUGUUUAUCUGUCCAGAGCCACAUGCCAGCAGGAGGACAGUCUCUUAUGUCAACUUUGACAUGAUGCUCCUGUCGCUGACAGGGAUAAUGCUGAUGAUGACAUCUGGCUGGUCACAUAUUUGACAGUCCUGCGGAAACAGAAGGAGGUGGUCAGUGUGGAAUCAACGCCAGUGACCCUGUUUGUCUGGAACUUCUCCAAAUACGUCUCUGUCACUUAAGACAAGCGUGCCGUAUGGGCACCUGUGACUAUGGCUGUGUAGUCCUCGUGUAACCUUGUUGGGGCGGCGUAGAGCUUAACAAAUGGACUGCUGUGGUUUGCCCUCCAGAGGAGAGCAUUAAACAGGUGAAGCCGAACACUGCUCUCAUUAGUCACAGAUGCAGUCGUCUGCCACUCACCAGAGACUGAUGCCAGAAUACUGAAAGUUUCUAUUGCUAUUUCUGCCUGCACCCUAGAGACACUUGAGGAAUGGCUCACACUCUGUGACUGGAUGUUAGCUCAGUGGAGUUUACAGUACUGCUGGGGACCAUGCAGAUAAGAGGAGGAAACCAGCCACAUCUUCAACCUGUGGGACUGUAGUUUCCUUCCAGAAAUGCUACUUUUUCAUGUGGUGACUUGUUGUGUUCAUGUUAAAUAAUUUCUUUCUGUUGAUUUUCCUUUUGUUAAAUGCAAAUACUAAAUUAAUUGUAUAUUCAUCAUUUGACACACACUCUUUCGAGACAUCCACUGGUACCACUCAUCUCCUAGAGUAUGACUAUAUCAACUUUUUCUUCUUUGCAGAUUGAGGAUCUGUGUGACUGAACCAAUCAUGGCCAGCACGGCGGCUCAGCUCCUUGGUUUCUUCUUAGGCCUGUUGGGCUUUACGGGAACUGUGGCUGCAACUCUGCUCCCCCACUGGCGCACCACAGCAUACGUGGGCUCAAACAUCAUCACAGCCACCGCCUACAUGAAAGGCCUGUGGAUGGAGUGUGUGUGGCACAGCACUGGCAUUUACCAGUGUGAACUGUACAGAUCUCUGUUGGCAUUGCCUCAUGACCUGCAGGCUGCCCGGGCACUCAUGGUGCUCUCCUGUAUCACCUCAGUCCUGGCAUCUCUGGUGUCUGUUAUGGGUAUGAAGUGUACCCGCUUUGCUCGCGGCUCAUUCGUCAAGACUCCACUGGCGACGAGUGGGGGAAUCGGUUUCCUCUGUGCUGGUCUUCUCUGUCUUAUCACUGUGUCCUGGACCACCAAUGAUGUCAUAUUGGAUUUCUACAGCCCCUUCCUCCCCAGUGGGCUGAAAUGUGAGAUCGGCCUGGCAGUGUACCUCGGUUACGCGUCGUCCUGCCUCAGUCUGUGUGGAGGACUGGUGCUGUGCUGGAGCAGCAACGUUGCCAGGUCACAGAGACCCCCGCAUAUACAGAGGAUUCCAGCAUCAUCACCUCCUCCUGCCUUCAACAUCAUUUAUCCCCCUGCUCCACUCUACAAGCCACCGGAGGCCCUGAAGGAUAAUCGCACCCCCUCAUUGUGCUCCCUUUCCAGCAAUGGCUAUCGGCUCAAUAACUACGUCUAAAUUGCGGUGGAGCUGUGCAGCUCUGCACAAUCAAACUGAACCUUUCUCCAACUCAUUAUUAUUUUGUUGUUUCUUGUCUCCUCUACACCUGUGAAGCAAGAAAGAAAAUGUGAAAGGAAGGACAAGUACCUCACCUUCUCAUGUUUAACCAAACAUUACUUGCAACAUAUCACACUUCAACAAAUUCCUCUGUUCUUCUCACUGUCACCAGAAGUGAGGUCACACUUAAGUUUUCCCUCGCUAAUCUGGGAUUCACUGAGUGUUUGAAGAGAACUGCAUGGAAAAUAAAACUGGUUGCCCUGCUGCUACACAACUACAGGACCAGAAGGUGGCGUCAUUGUCCUGCAAAUAAUCACAGAGAAGUGAGACCAUGUAGUGAAGUUCACUUCCCACAUUCUAACCUCUGACACUCGUGUUAAUUAAUGACCACAUGUUUAGUCACUUCCUUAUUGAAGCCUGAAUGUUUUAACUGGCAUUAACUUUUUGUAGAAGACAAUGCUCCACAUCAGUACCUUAAACACAUUAAUCAACACUAUAUGGACAAAAGUAUUUGAAUUCCGGUGUUUCAGUCAGGCAUUGAGCUCGGCCCCUUAUGUCCAAUGAAGGUGUUAUGCUUCAGCAAACUUCUGGACAAUGCUAUGCUGCCAACUUUGUGGCAACAGUUUGAGGAAGGUCCUUUUCUAUUCCAACAUGAUUGUGCCCCAGUGACUAUGGUUUGACGAGUUUGGUGUGGAAGAACUUGACUGACCCGCACAGAGCCAAAUCUGCCUAACGUCAUAAAUGCCCUACGGAAUGAAUGGACACAAAUUCCCAAAGAAAGUCGUUCAAGAAGUGUGAAAGCUGUUUGAGCUGCAAAAGGGAAACCAACCCCAUAUCAAAGUAGCUUCUAAUAAUUGAAAUACAAAUGACAAAAUAAAAACACUUGAUAUCGUCAAAA